AUGGUUGGCGACACGUCAGAGGCCGCCCAAAACCUUCCGGAUCCGCAGCUGGAUCUCGCAGCUGGGAAAGCCAAUCUCAGCAACCUCGACUUCAAUGCUCAGGUGCAACUGAUUCUCCAGCAGAAUGCCGCAAUCAACGCCGACAUCCGGGAGCGCGACCAGAUCAGGCACGAUAAGACGGCCCACCCCUUGGCGCAAAUCAAACUGACGGCGCGGAUCGACGCCAGAGUGGAGCAGGUCAGGGUCGACCUCGACAUCCUCCACAACAUCUACGAGCGCAUCACCUCCAGCAGACGACAUCGCAAAAAGUACACGGACGAGGAGUUGGACAAUUUCGAAGACACAAUCCAGAACCUCGAGGAGCAAUGCAGCACCUACGACAGCAGCAGGUACAGGCGCACCACGACCGUGAAGCGGCGCAUCAACAUGGACUUCACGCCCCCCUCUGACUCCGAGCCAAUGACGGAGGAGGAACAGCUGAAGGCAAUGGCGUCGAUCCAGCGCUGGCGCACACGUGACGAGCAGUUCGACCAGCAGCUGCAGGAAAUCGGAGAGGCCGUGGAACGCAUAGGCGAGGUGGCCGUUGUCAUCGGCGAGCGGGCCAACGAGCAGGUGAUGAAAGCCGUCGCCACCAUGGAGCACGUGGAGGACGCAACCGAAGACGUCACGUCCGUAUCGCAGCAGAUCAAAAGCGUGCUCAGGAAACAGAAGACCGUGGAGUGUUCGAUACGCGCCGCCCUCAUUGCCAGCUUCGUGGUGGUGGCGUGCCUGUUCGUAUACUCACUGAUCAGAUUCCUGAAGAACAGGUAA